CGGGCUCCGGCUGGGCUCGUGCGUUCUGCGCCCGCCGAGGCGGUGCCGAGCCCGCUGGCUCCUGAUUGUCCUUUGCGGCGGCUGCGGUCGCUGCCUCUUUGCCUCCGGACCCGGGACUGCAGGGGCCGGAGCGAUCGCGGCUCCCGCGGGCCACGGCUGCCCAGAGCAGAAACGGCCUGCUCGAUAUAUAAAUCUUGGUCGACAGCGUGGCUGCAGGCUACUGACUGCAGUUCUCUGUGGCUUUCUAAGUGGUGAGUGGUGUGGCUGUCCCAGCCUUCAGCGGCUUGCAUCAUGCCAGCUUUGUCAACAGGAUCUGGGAGCGACACAGGUCUGUAUGAGCUGUUGACUGCUUUGCCAGCCCAGCUGCAGCCACAUGUGGAUAGCCAGGAAGACCUGACCUUCCUUUGGGAUAUGUUUGGUGAAAAAAGCCUGCAUUCACUGGUAAAGAUUCACGAAAAACUCCACUACUAUGAGAAGCAGAACCCCGUGCCCAUCCUCCACGGUGCAGCCGUCUUGGCCGAUGAUUUGGCUGAAGAGCUUCAGAACAAGCCAUUAAACAGUGAGACCAGAGAGCUGUUGAAACUACUGUCAAAACCCAAUGUGAAGGCUUUGCUCUCUGUACAUGAUACUGUGGCUCAGAAGAAUUAUGAUCCUGUAUUACCUCCGAUGCCUGAUGAUAUUGACGAUGAAGAAGACUCAGUAAAAAUCAUUCGUCUGGUCAAAAAUAGAGAACCACUGGGAGCUACCAUUAAGAAAGAUGAGCAGACUGGGGCCAUCAUUGUGGCUAGAAUCAUGAGGGGAGGAGCUGCAGAUAGAAGUGGUCUCAUUCAUGUUGGUGAUGAACUUAGGGAAGUGAAUGGGAUUCCAGUAGAGGAUAAAAGGCCUGAGGAAAUAAUUCAAAUUCUGGCUCAGUCUCAGGGAGCAAUUACAUUUAAGAUCAUACCCAGCAUCAAAGAGGAGACACCAUCUAAAGAAGGCAAGAUGUUUAUCAAAGCCCUCUUUGACUAUGACCCUAAUGAGGAUAAAGCAAUUCCAUGUAAGGAAGCUGGGCUUUCUUUCAAAAAGGGAGAUAUUCUUCAGAUUAUGAGCCAAGAUGAUGCAACAUGGUGGCAAGCAAAGCACGCAGGUGAUGCCAAUCCCAGGGCAGGCUUGAUUCCCUCAAAGCAUUUCCAGGAAAGGAGAUUGGCUCUGAGAAGACCAGAAAUAUUAGUUCAGCCCUUGAAAGUUUCCAACAGGAAAUCAUAUGAGGAAACAAUUGAGUGUGAGGAAAUUAAAGAAGAUGCUGAAUAUGCUGGUAACCACAGUGGAACCUAUAUAGCUGGUUUUAGGAGAAGUUUCCGUCUUAGUAGAAAAGAUAAGAAAACAAAUAAGUCCAUGUAUGAAUGCAAGAAGAGUGACCAGUACGACACAGCUGAUGUACCCACAUAUGAGGAAGUGACACCGUAUCGGCGGCAAACGAACGAAAAAUACAGACUUGUCGUCCUGGUUGGUCCUGUAGGAGUAGGUCUGAAUGAACUGAAACGAAAGCUGCUCAUCAGCGAUACCCAACACUACGGUGUGACAGUGCCCCACACGACCAGAGCAAGAAGAAGCCAGGAGAGCGAUGGUGUGGAAUAUAUUUUCAUUUCCAAGCAUUUGUUCGAGACAGAUGUACAAAAUAACAAGUUUAUUGAAUACGGUGAAUAUAAAAACAACUACUACGGCACAAGCAUAGACUCCGUGCGGUCCGUCCUGGCUAAAAACAAAGUUUGUUUGUUGGAUGUUCAGCCUCACACAGUGAAGCACUUAAGGACCCUAGAAUUUAAGCCCUACGUGAUAUUUAUAAAGCCUCCAUCAAUAGAGCGUUUGAGGGAGACAAGAAAAAAUGCGAAGAUUAUUUCAAGCAGAGAUGACCAAGGUGCUGCAAAGCCCUUUACAGAAGAAGACUUUCAGGAAAUGAUUAAAUCUGCACAGAUAAUGGAAAAUCAGUAUGGUCAUCUUUUUGACAAAAUUAUAGUAAACGAUGACCUCACCGUGGCAUUCAAUGAGCUAAAAACAACUUUUGACAAAUUAGAGACAGAAGCCCACUGGGUUCCAGUGAGCUGGUUACAUUCAUAACGAAGGGAGAUUCCCACAGUCAUCUGUCUUGUAGAGUGCAUGAUGAAAUCCGUUACGGCGCAGGUGGUAGGCUUGUUUAAUCUUUAUCACUGUUGUAGAUGAGCAGUCUUGCUUAAAACUGUUGGUUUUGUUUGUAUCUUUAUCCAGCCUUACUCCGAACACAAUAUUUGAGAAGAUCCAAAAUCAAAAUUUGCACAGUACUGUAUUUUGAGCAGAGCUUUGAACAGCUGUAUCUCCAGGAUGAGGUCGGACUUUUUAGAGAGAAACAGCUAGGGAACUGAUACUGGAGUUCAGUGCUUCCGCGGGUCUCAGACGCGGUCCCUCCAUCAAGUUGGUACGUUAACAGUUGAAGGUGUUAGCUUAGCAGCCUUGAGCAGCUCCAGGCAAACAGGACAGCUUUGCUUUUCUUUGGAUGGGUCCCUAUAGGUUCACCUAGGCUGACAGUAAGGCAUCGUCUUAACUAUUCUAAAAGCGCAACCUUUUUCUUACAUAUAUACAAUAUAGUCGGAGUGUAUUUAAAAAUCUUUCUUAAAGGAAUUACGACACAUUUGCCUUAGUGAGUGGCCUGCAUGUUAUAGCUUGAGAAGACCUCUUAAGACUACAUAUCAGUGACUCAAAUACUUAAUGAGGGGAGAUAGGACUUUUAAAAAAUGAUUAUAUAAGUAACUCAAAGCCCUUCCUUAUGGUACUAGUCUUUGUAAGGUUGGUGAUAUCUUGGGGCAAGUAAUGAUUACAAAGGACACUUUUAUUUGUAAAUCCUCAGGAUUUCCGGAGUCACCAUCUAAUAAAUUAUAAGAAUGUGAUUCCUAUUCUCAAAGUAGAUGUUUUACAUGUUACUGAUAGUUAAAAUAUGAUCAUUUUUCACAUGUGCAAUUGAUCAUAUAUUUAAAUUGCACCAAGAUGUAUUUUAGAAAAACUUUCCGUGUAAUGUUAACUUACCUCUUCAUCAUCAGAAUAAUUCUCAACACUGGUCAGGUACCAUCCUAAUCUUACAAUUUUUAAAGAAUUUUAAGAAAGACUCUUGUAAAUAAUUUAGAUGGGCUCUCAUUUUUAUUUGUUACUACUGAACUUCAGCAUACUAGAAAGGGCCGUAAGUUGUUUAAGAGAACACGUCUUGCCAUUCUUGCAUGCAGUAAGACCCUGCCAAUCAAAAAUCAUAUCUAUGACUUUCAAACAGAAAAUAUUUUUUGUUGAUUUGUAAAGAGAGUUUAGAUGUCAUGUUUAAAGAAAAAUAGAAUGUAGUGAAAUUUUAUAUAUUUAUGAAAUCUUUGAAAGGCAUAUUUUUUUAAUUAUCAAAUGGAGCUAUUCAUAAAAUAAAUUGUAUGUAAAGAUGUCAUAAUUUAAAAUAGUAGUUUUAUAAGUCAGGAUCCACAUUCCAUGUAAAUAUUUGACCUUUGUACACCGAUAGCCCACAAGUGUUAUAUGUGCACUGUGCACUUGGUAGCAUUAUCCACUGGAUUUCCUUCAGAUGUGUCAAAUUUCAUGUUAGAAACAGAGACAAAAACUACUGUAAUGGCCUUGAUACACACUCACACUAAAACAAUCAGACUAAAUGUUACUUAACAUGAUCCAGACACAGUGAGUUCUAAGUUUAUAAAGUCAAUAGCAAGCCAUUUAGAUUUUUAAAGGCGUGGGGAAGAUUGGUUUGCCAUACUUUAAAGUUGUAUGGCUGCUCUAAGAAAAUACAAGUCUUACACAGAGUGUCUGGGUAGAAUAGACUCCUCUUUUAACACUAAGAUCUCCUAUAAAUCAAAACUUUCUGUACAACGAGUAAUGGGAAAUGUAUAAUUAUCUAGGCAAUUGUCUGAGUAAUUUAGGCAGUCCAACCAGAUUCUUUACUGUGGGGGUAAAGGGUAGUGUAAUGUGGUGGAAACAGAGUCCUUCUGGCUGUCGGUGGUGAUGGGGUGUUAUUUAAAAAUAUAACUGUCCAGACCUUUCUCCCUUUCCACACUAGAACUGAACAAUGUUUUUUGUUUGUUUGUUUUUAAUGAAAAGGGGCACCCUAGCAAUUCGAGAAAUCUUUUAUUAGGUACAUGGCUUUGCAGGUGACGUUUACAUGGCCAUUGUGAUGUUUAGAGAUUAGGUUAAAACUGAGUAAGGCAGUGCCAAGGGCUCGUUGAUAACUGCUGCGGAAGGCCCUGGACUCUUGUGUCUGCACCCAGACCUCCUCCAGCAAGGAGAUGUGCACAGUGCUCCUCACUGUACUAGUUCGGCCGGCUCCCAAGACAGUGUCAGCCACUAUUUGGGAGAAGAGGAAUGUUUGUAGUUUUAAGUCCAUAUAUUUAAAAUCCAAGAUCAGGAAAUUUUAUAUUCCCGUGAUUACUAAAUUAGAGUCAGUUAAAAAUAAAAAGGUGAAAUUGAAGUAUUUUUUUCCCGUUGCUUUACUUAUAUAGAUGUUCUUAAUAUCUUUAAGGCUGACAUUCCUGGUAUUGUAUAAUGAUUGAAUGUAUCUAAAUUGUAAUAAUUUAAAAUUAACAAACCUGUAAUCUUCAUAGAUUUACAAAGCUGUUAUUAAAAGCUGCUUGAAGAUCUGGAUUUCUGUUUAUUUUCUUUUUGACUAGUAAGGAUUUCUAAAUAAAUGUAAUGGAAAACCUUUGAUCUUAAUAAAGUAUCUUCAAAUCUG